GACGUUGUGCUUUAUACACAUUCAUUGUCAUCCAAUGUUUCAACAGUUCUGUUUGCCGACGAGGAAGGUGUGAAAGAGGCGCAGUCGCCAGUCGCCACCACCCGUGAGCGCACAGAGUACAGACCACAUGAGGGAUACUUCUCCUACACCAGAGCGCCCACAUCCCAACGACCUAGGUCGGACUUUAUCAAACGAUUCAUUCAACUAGUUACUAGGCUACCGGUUUCUCUCUGUUGCGUCCAUCCGGCGUACGGAACCAGGGAAGAAUAGGUGGACCAGAAGGAGAGAAAAAAAGACGUAACCAUGGGAAAAGCAAGGUUCUUUGGUAGGCUGACCGACUCCCCCUCCCCGGAGUCUGUAAUGACAAUUUACAAGAAGUAGACUCUCGUCUUGCCAUUCACCAGAGAGGAUAUCAUAUUUGACAGCUCAAGGGACGUAAACAAACACGCGCUCCUCUCCGUGGGAACUAUCUCGUGAGCCACCCGGCGCGCGGAUUAAGUGGCUCAUUUCUAUAACGCUCCUUUCUCUGAGAGGACUGUCCACUUGGUCUGUCUCAUGAAGUUAGAAAUGCUUCGGUCGAGGAUUACAAUAUUUAUUCUUCUAUGACGAGGGCACAGUGAAUGUCGUCCGUUUGUCGGGACUCGUCGACGUAGAGGUCAGCAUUGGCGACAGAAAGUCCAAAAACUUCAGGGGGAUAGAGCAAAGAUGCCCGUCCGACGGGGUCACGUGGCACCACAGAACACUUUCCUCGAUACCAUCAUUAGGAAAUUCGAUAGUCAAUGUCGUAAGUUCAUCAUCGCCAAUGCCCGGGUGGAGAACUGUGCCAUCAUAUUCUGCAACGAUGGCUUCUGCGCCAUGUGCGGCUACUCGCGGGCCGAGAUCAUGCAGAAGCCCUGCACCUGUAACUUCCUGUACGGCCCUCACACCAAGCGGCUGGCCAUCGCCCAGAUGGCCCAAGCACUGCUGGGCUCGGAAGAGAGGAAAAUGGAGAUCAACCUCUACAGGAAGGACGAGAUCUGA